UCACUAAGUUUUUGGUGGUCAUUGAGUGAAAACGUGUAAUAGACAAUGAAAAGUUUUACGUAUUUUUCAGGGGUGUGUCUAUUAAUAUGUAUCGUAUACUCACAUGCUAAUAAAACUGAUAUCGUUUCUUCGUUACGAUGGCCUGAACGUGUGAUGCAAAAGAUCCAAGGAAAUCGACUUUACGCCUCACUUUUACUAGGAAAAAGUAUAGAAGCUGAUCAAAAUAUUUGUGUUUUGUGUGAUGUUUUGAUAGGUCUCUUACUUGGAGAGAAAUCUCUCGGCAUGACUAACGUUCAAUUAUCUUCUGAAGGCGAAUAUUUCUGUGAAGUUUUAAAAAUUGAAGACGCUAAAGUUUGCGAAGGGGCUAUAGGUCCGCACGUAGACGUUUUGAGUUACAUUGUUGAAGAAGCUACUAUAAAUAAUCUGAAUAUAUGCGCCAUGCUUUUGGACUGCGAACAAGGUCAAGAUUAUUUCGAUUGGGACUUGGAUAUACCCGAAGGCGAAACUGUAGAAAAAGUAGAAUCGACCGGUGCUAAAACUUUCAGAAUCGGACACAUAACAGACAUACAUUACGAUCCUAAUUACACUGAAGGUAAAGCUGUAGAUUGCGGAGAGCCUCUGUGCUGUCAAUCUGAUCAAAACGACGCCAAAUCGGGCGAAGAAGCUUGUGGUUACUGGGGCGCUUCAUCGAAUUCCGACGCCCCGCUACAAUUGGUCGAAGAAGUUUUCAAAGAAAUGGUUAAGAAGGAUUUGGAUUACGUUUAUUUCACUGGCGAUUUAGUGUCUCAUAGAGUUUGGGAAACGAGCAGAGAAUCAAAUACCGAUACUAUUAAAAAAAUCGUGCAAUUAUUUAAAUCUACUUUUAACGAUAUUCCCGUUUAUCCCGUUCUCGGGAACCACGAAGCCCAUCCAGUGAACGUAUUCGCUCCACUAUCUAUCGGUGAUGAUUUGAACACGCAGUGGUUGUACGAUUUGAUUCUGGAUGAAUGGUCUGCGUGGUUGAAUACCGAUUCGAUUAAAGAAACUAUUAGAAGAGGAGGUUUCUAUACCGUUCUUGUAAGAGAAGGUUUUAGAGUCGUAGUUUUGAACAACAACGUUUGCUCUAUAGAAAACUGGUGGAAUCUUUAUGACAACAACGAUCCUUACGGUCAAUUAAAAUGGUUGGUAGAAGUUCUGGAACAAGCAGAAAAAGACAAAGAAAUCGUUCACAUCUUGUAUCAUAUACAAACUUCUUCUUGUCUUGGUAGUUGGGGUAAGGCGUUUCGAAAAAUUCUUAACAGAUUUUCGAAUACAGUUGCGGCACAAUUCAACGGACACACGCACAGGGAUCAGUUCUUCGUUCACUAUAACAGCGAUGAUAAACCUAUAGGAGUCAGUUUCAAUGGGGGCUCUUUAAUAGCAGAUAGAGGCGCUCCUAAUUAUAAAGUACAUUUGGUGGAUAGUACUGGUUUUGAUGUUUGGGACACCGAAACAUAUACUUUUGAUUUGAAAACUGCCAAUGAAAAAAAAAGUAUCGAUUGGAAAAAACUGUAUUCAUUUAGAGAAGCUUUUGGUACUCAAAACGCUCUAACUCCGACCGAAUUGGAUGCUUUAGUCUUCAAUAGUUUAAAUAAAAACUCAACUUUAGCUAGUUUGUACCACAGGUAUUAUUACAAAGACGGACCAGUUGAGGCUCAAAAGGAAUGUGAUAAAGAGUGUCAGAAAAAUUUGUUAUGCGAAAUAGUUACCACUGUGCAUAAUGAGACCAAUAUUUGUAAAAAGUUAUAAAAAUAUUGUAAUACAAAUUUAAUCUAAAA